GGUCUCCCGUCUUAGGUCUCGACGUAUGAUUUUAAGCGGGAUACUUUUAGAAAUUACAGUCUUUUCCGUACGCUAAAGAGAAGUUGAUUUGUAUUUGUUAUUGUACUGGCACCCGACCACUUGCACAUACAGAACGAAGGGUCAACGUAUUAUGUUGCAGGAAGGAGCGAAAAAGUGAGUGGACCGGGGAGCCACGUCAGGGGACUGAAGUCGUGUUGAUGAAUGUGAUAAGUAUAAGAAAAAAUACUCCGACAAAGAGGAAACAUUUCAAAUAAGCAGAUUGCAUACGGCAAGCAAAGGCAGGGGAUGAAGGAUAAAGAGGAAAGACUAGCUGAAAAUGGUUUGCAAAACUGAACAUCAUUGCAGCCGAGGUACUGCAGCUUGUGGACAAUAGGAAACUAUUCUUUUUGAGUUUAAAAAGAAGUCUCCAGCAGAUUCUUAUUCUCGGUACAAUGGAAAUGGCAAUAAAUUAUCAAGAUUCUGAGAAGACUGACAGCCUGUGUGCUGUUGAAGUCAGCAGUGAACUGCAACAACCAGAGGGUGUUGAAAAUAGUACAUCAGUGGCAAAUGGACUAAUUGGCUCUCUGAUUCAAGCAGACCUGCUGCAAAAAGGAGGCCAAUCUCUUGGUGAGGGAGGCCCUGUUGGCAUGACACAGAACUGCCCCAAUGGACCCUUGUUCUUAACUCAAGAUAGUUACUCCAGCAGCCUCCAGAGGGCAGAGCUAUCUUCAGGUUCUCUGGAGCCAUCUUUGGAGUUGGAGAAUGAGGAGCAGAUUAGACUACAGGCACGGCGCCGACUGGAAGAACAAUUGAAACAGUACAGGGUCCAGAGACACAAGGAAAGGUCUCAUAAUUCAUCACCCAAAAACCGUCCUUGUAGUACUCUUGACCCUGAACUCAUGAUGCAUCCAGAAACCCUUCCCCGUGCCAGCACUGUGUCAAUGACAAAGGAAUAUUCCUUCAUGCGCACCAGUGUCCCACGUGGACCCAAAUUGGGAAGCCUGGGCAUCCCUUCAUCCAGCAAACAAAAGUCCACAAAAUCGUCCCGUUCUAGUAAAAUUCGUUCUUUAGCUGAUUACAGAGUCAGCGAAAUGGAAAUUAAAAACGGCAGCAUGAAUUCGCAAUCUGGGGACACAACACUGGGAUCGCUGAAGUCUAGUCUGAGUUCUACAUCUGUGGUUUCAGAAAUCAGUUUAAACUCUGAAGUGGAAGAUGGACUUGACACCAGCCUUCUGAUAGCAGACAACAUAUCUGAGGUCGAUGGCAGUGAAUCUGGGAUCCGACAGGACGACAAUGAAAGUGACAGCUCUAUGCACAGUAGCGUUUCUGGUGUGAGAGUCUACAGCAUGCUUUCUUCUGUGGUGAACCACUGUGAAGCCUCAUACAAUAUUGAUGGCCAAGAGAUCUCCCCAGAAGCACUUGGGCAGUACCCCUCACUUCAAGAGGUGUUGCAAUCAGCUAAAGAUGAACAUGAUCUCCUUACUCAGGACACAGACUUGAAUGGAGAAACACGUAGCCGGCGGGACAGCAUCUCCAGCAGUGUCUCUCUAGGUAGCUCUGUAAUGGGAAGUCAUGAUGAUAUGUUGCAAAUUCUUAAAGAAAAAAUGCGUUUGGAGGGACAGCUGGAGGCACUGUCCUCAGAGGCUAGCCAGGCCUUGAAAGAGAAGACAGAGUUACAAGCACAGCUGGCUGCAGUGAAUGCUAAACUCCAGGCUCAGCUGGAGCAAAAUGAGGUGAAUCAUGAGAGACAAACUUCUCUCUCUUCAGAAGUGGGUAGUCUAAGGAAGAACUGUGCAGAUUUGGAGGUGGCCAUGGCAGAACUACAGAGCACCCUGGAGGCUAAGAAUUCAAGCCUCUUGUCGCUCAGCAAUGACUUGCAGGUAGCAGAAGAACAGUACCAGAGGCUUAUGGGAAAAGUGGAAGAAAUGCAGCAAACAUUAGCAUCCAGGGACAACUCUGUUCAGGAGCUUCACCAUCAGGUGACUCGCCUGCAAAGCCAACUUCAGCAGGUCCAGCUGGAGCGGAGUACUGUGGUUAACAAACUAAAGACAUCUGAGUCUGAAAUUGCACAACUGCAACAGGUUCGCCAGUGGUACCAUCAGCAGCUUACAAUAGCCCAGGAAGCACGUAUUCGGCUGCAAAGUGAAAUGGCUAAUAUGCAGGUUGGACAAAUAACUCAGACGGGGGAACUGGAACAUCUUAAGCUAGAAAAUGUUACACUUUCUCAUCAACUAACAGAAACCCAGCAACGGUCUAUCAAGGAGAAAGAACGUAUUGCAGCUCAGCUUCAAAAUAUAGAGGCUGACAUGUUUGACCAAGAAGCAGCAUUCCAUCAAAUUCAGGAGGCCAAAUCAAUGGUGGAAGAUGACCUACAACGGAAACUUGAUGAAUUUGAUGAAGAGAGGCAACAUCUUCAGCAGCUGGCCAAUUCAGCCAGCAUCUUGGAAAAAGAGCUUGAGCAGGUAAAUUUAACCCUGUCACAGAAGGAUCUACAACUGGACGUUCUACAGCAUGAACACUUGGAACUGAUGAAGCAGCUUACAGUAUCUCAGGAGGCUCUUCAUACCAAAGAACAGUCACUAAAUGAUCUGCAGACCCGAUAUGAAGAGCUGGAAGCUCAGCUCAGUGAGCUACAGACAGAAGAUAAUGCCAAGGAUGAUACCAUUCAGUAUCUACAGAAAGAAAGGAUUGUCCUAGAGGUAGCACUGCAAUCAGCACGGGCUGAAAAGGAUGUUUUGGAUGAGGGAGUCCAAAAGUUGGGUGAAGGGACACUUGUGGCAGCUGAUAUGCUCGAUGAACUAAAGCAGGAGAUCAAAGUAAAGAGUACUCAGAUUGAAGCCAUGCAACAGGAAAACAACAGUCUGAAGAAACAAACACAAAAACUAAAAGAGCAGUACCUCCAGCAAAAGGUAAUGGUUGAAGCCUACCGCCGGGAUGCAUCUUCUAAAGACCAAUUAAUUAGUGAACUGAAAGCCACAAAAAAGAGGCUAAUUUCAGAAGUGAAGAACUUAAAGCAAGAACUGAUCAAUGUACAGGGAGAAAAGAAAUCAACUGAAUUGGAACAUGCUAGGCUGCAGAAGGAAGUAUCCCAUAUCCAGCAGCAGAUGGCCAGUUUGGAGGAGCACUUACAGACUGUACAGAAUGAGCGGGAUCAGCUAGAUACUCAGCUUCAGUCCCUGCAGUUUGAUCAUAAUCAGCUCGCAACUAUUACUCAAGAGAAUGAAGGAUUAAGGAAACAAGUGGAAGAAAUGCAAAAUGAGGCUAAAAAAGCCAUUUCUGAGCAAAAGGUAAGAAUGAAGAAGCUGGGAACUGAUCUAACUAGUGCCCAGAAGGAAAUGAAAGCCAAGCAUAAAGCCUAUGAAAAUGCAGUAAGUAUUUUGAGUCGACGGCUACAAGAAGCUCUAACAGCCAAGGAAACCACAGAAGCAGAGCUAAACAAGUUAAAAGCCCAGGUCACUGAUGGAGGCAAUAAUGAGGUUCUCCAGAAUAAAAUAGACACUCUGCAAAUGGAUCUGCAGGCAGCCAAUCACAGCAAGGCCUUGUUGGAAAAGGAACUACAGGAAGUGAUCUCUUUGACUAGUCAAGAACUUGAAGAGUAUAGAGAGAAAGUUCUGGAACUAGAAGAUGAGCUCCAGGAAUCGCGUAACUUCCGGAAGAGAAUCAGGCGGCUGGAAGAUAUAAACAAAAAGUUGUCUCUAGAGUUAGAGCAUGAGAGAGGAAAGCUUGCUGGGCUGGGGCAGUCUCAUGCCUCAUUACGGGAACAUACCAGCAUUUUGGAAACGGCACUGGCUAAACGAGAGGCAGACUUGGUUCAGCUUAAUAUGCAGGUUCAGGCUGUUUUAAAAAGAAAAGAGGAGGAGGAUCAGCAGAUGAAACAACUCAUACACACAUUGCAAGCAGCAUUAGAAAAAGAAAAAGCCAAUGUUAAUGACCUCAAGCAACAGGUGGCUGCAGCAAAGGCAGAAGCAGCACAUAACAGACGCCAUUACAGGGCAGCAGCUUUGGAGCUAUCUGAAGUUAAGAAGGACUUGCAGGCCAAGGAACAGAUCUUCACUGCCCUAAAACUAGAAGCUGAAAAACUUCAGGCACAGGACAAAAAGCAUUCAAAUGAAGUACUGCAGUUUCAGCAAGAGCUGGCAGAUGCACACUUACAAUUGCAGCUCUUACAGAAGCAGCUGGAGAAGCAGCUUAGUAAACAGCCUGUGACAAAUCAGGAGGUUGAAGAUUUGAAAUGGGCAGUGGAGCAGAAGCAACGAGAAAUAGAAGCACAGAAACAACAGCUUGAAUUGACAGAGCAGCGCAACUUAAGAGAACUCGAAAGCCUGAAGGGUGCACUGCAGAGUAUUAAAGCUGAACUAGAACUAGUCCAGGAGGAGUUGAGUGGCACUAGAAAGGACAAGUUCAUGCUGCAGGCCAAGGUUGCAGAGCUAAGAAACACUAUGAAAACACUGUUACAGCAGAACCAGCAGCUAAAACUGGAUCUGAAACAGAGUCGCAGCAGAAGGAGAGUAGAAUAUAAGAGUGAAACCAAUGCAUCAAAUCCAGUGACACCAGUAAAAAUUCCUGACUGUCCAGUUCCAGCCUCUCUUCUUGAAGAGCUCCUGAAACCAUCAACAACAGUUAGUAAAGAGCCUCUGAAUAACCUUCAUAACUGUCUGCGACAGCUCAAGCAGGAGAUGGACAGUCUGCAGAAACAAAUGGAGGAACACACAGUUACAGUUCAUCAGUCCAUAUGCACCUCGAAUAGCACUGAAGGAGAGCUAACAGAACUGACAAGUAACAAUGGUACACAAUCGGAAACUAAACUGAGUAAAAGCAAGCCAGUGACGAUUGAUCCCAGUGGGAGCACAGUAGCAGAUGACUUGGAAAAUAUUCCCAUGCUCCCCUCAAGCGAGUCUCCUUAGUCACUCUAAUGUGGGCAUCAAAAGGAAGACAAGGAUCAGUAAUAAUAAAUGUAUUUGUUUUAACAUCUGGGUUUAUAGGGAUAAGUGGUCAGUUCUGUUUUGGUGGCUGCUUUUUCUGAAGCGAAUAUAAAAUAACAUUAAUAAUACCCCAAUUUUAUUGUGUUAUUAAUCUAUAAUCUGCAAUGGUUUUGUUUGUUCAUAAUGAGCAAUAUAAUACUCAAUGUAAGACCCACAAAACAAAACUGCAGCACCUUAUGUAUAAACAGCUGUUGGUGCAAGUUUAGGAAUUUAAUUGGCAAAUGAUAUGAAGAAGAAUAUAUUUAAUUUAUAACAGCAUGUUUUCUCCUUCUGUCUCCUAAAUCAACAUAUUGAGCUGGGUCUCUCGAUUUUUUUUUUUUCUUCUUACAUCCCUUUCUUUGUCAUUUGAUUAUAAUUUUUUUAAGUUAUUUACUUGUUUUUGUGCAUUUUUUUUUUACUUUGUUUUACAAACAUGGAAUCGCACAGAAUCCCAAAUAUCUGCCACUUUAAAGCCUGUUUGCUGAGAUGUUGUUACUCAUUUUAUAUUUACUUAUAAGUAUGUACAGAAAAUACCAUUUAUUUGAAAAAUAAUAUAUCAGUCAGGAAAAAUAUAUAUAGGAAAAGUGAUUAAAAAAAAUGCUUUGCUUGUGUGGAUGCAAGGACACUUGUAUUCAUUGUAUUUUAAGUUGAAGAACUGUUUUUUUUUUUACUUGGGGAUGUAUUUGUCCAUACAACUUGGAGUAUGAAAGUGUUAAACUACUAAACUGUUUCACUAAGGGUACCUUUUUAAUUUAUUGCAAUGAAUGUUUCAAAAGGAUAAGAUUUUAUUUUGUAUGUGUUAAGGUGAUAUUAAAAGGUAAUUGAGAACAUGUUAAAUCAUGAUAUUUGUAUUGCCAUUCUGGGUAUGGGAGGAAGUUGGGUUGUUUAUGGAACAUGCAUAUCAAAAAAGGAAAGUAUAACUGUAUUCUGUUAUGUCAUUAGUAUUUUUUUAAUUGUACUUAUGAUGUCACCUCUGUAACAUUUCUUUAAAAGAAAGAUAUUUGAACAUUAUUAUAUGCAGCAAACCAAAGGCUGUAUGUAACAAGCUCAGUUUGUUAGAGCUCAGAACAAUGGACAGCCACAAAUUUAAUGUCCAUAUACCAUAGACGGCUUUUUCAUUUUCUCGUUUUUUUAAAGAAUGACUCGGCAUUUAAGUUACAAACUGCUCUUACUUCUCUGACACUUCCAAAACAUGAUGUGUAAUACCUAUAACAAGGCUGCUAUGUUGUACUUUGAAGCCUAGCUUUCAACUGAAAUGUGCAUCAGUUUGCAUGGAGGGUCUUGAAUUAUAAAGAGACCAAAAAUGAUAACAGUGCCCUUCUUGUGAGAAUGGUGCCUUCAUUUCAUGACUCUCCAUUGCAGGUUGCCAGCUUAGCUCUUAUUACAUUAAUGCUUUUCCCAAGAGUUCUCUGUCAAAUGAAUUUCACCAUUCUGGCAUCCCAAGUGGCCUACAGUAACUAACAUUAAGCCUGAGUUCCUCUGUAAAUAUCUAAAUGGCAUUAUAUGUUUAUUCAUAAGCUUGACAAUUAUCAACCAAGCAGUCUGCCUUAACGGAAUGUUUAUAACAUUUGUAGUUAUUUAAUUGGAUCCAUUUAGUCUCUCUCAUGUGCUAAAUAUACAUUAAGUGCCACUAAAAGUGCAGACUAGUUUGAAAUGGAUAUCAAGUGAGCAUUCCAGCUGUCUCGUAUGUUUCAGAUAAUGCAAAUGAAUCUAACCAUUUGUAUGUUUUUGACACAAGUUGUCAAGACAAAACUGAUUUAUUGCUGUGUUUGGAUACAUUGGUCAUGACUCUAUGAACUGCAUCUGAAGUAUUUUACUACUGAAUUGUCUAUCAGUAACAGGCAAUGUAUUUAGCAAAAAGUACAUUUGGAAUAGACCUUAAUGUAUCCUCAUAGAACAGCCAAGUGUAAGUGUCAUGCAAAUACAUGUUGCUGGUUCUCAUCUUAUAUUAGAAAUUUAAAGUACCAAAAACAUCACUUUUCAAACUGACAGGGUCUUGAGUAUGAGUAAAUUGCUCCGAAAGGAAAAAAAAAUGAAAUGCAUUUACUAUAACCCAAUUGAACUGAUGCUGUUUUAUUAAUUUUACAUCACAAAUCUUCCUUGAUGCUUAAAACUCCUUGUACAGUUUAACAAGCUGAAAGCUUGUGUUAUCUGCAAAUUCCUGCGGUUUUGUGCAAUAAACUAUUUUUAGAAAUGGA